CAGAUAAAAAAUAAAAACAUUCAAUAAUGUUGAUUGUGUGUAUUUUGUAUACCGUUUGAACGUCAUGCGAUAAGCCGAUAACGUGUACUUGGGCAGUUGAAAAGUGUCGAUUUAUGCGGUUUGUCUGGAUUCUCUGAAAAAUGGACAAGAGUAAAAACUCGUCGGCUAGUCCAACACCAGUGUCAAAGUCAGAGAAAAAGGAACCACUCUCGCUUGAAGAACUUUUGGCCAAGAAAAAAGCCGAAGAGUUGGCCAGGAGCAAGCCGGUAUUUUUGACAAAAGAACAGCGAGCCGCCGAAGCCCUACGGAAGAGACAAGAGGAAAGCGAAUUGGUGAAAAAGAAGCAAGAGGAGGAACGCAAGAAACGUUUAGAGUUCUUGCACCAGGCGGAUGGUGGGCAUGGAAGUAACAAUCACAGAGAUGAUCGAGAUCGUGACAGAGACCACCAUCGAGACAGAGAUCGAGAUCGUGAACGUGAAAGGGAAAAAGARCACGACCGACGAGAAAGAGAACGUAAGAGAGAUAAAAAAGAAGAGCCUGAAGACAAGGAACAAUCUAAAGAUAAGGAAAAAGAACAGGAAGCUAUACGGGAGCGUUAUUUAGGUUUGACUAAGAAAAAAAGACGUGUUCGUCGGUUAAACGAUAGAAAAUUUGUUUUUGACUGGGAUGCAUCUGAAGAUACGUCAAUUGAUUAUAAUGCUCUAUACAAAGAGCGUCAUCAAGUACAGUUUUUUGGUCGUGGUAAUGUAGCAGGUAUUGAUAUUAAAGCACAAAAAAAAGAUCAAUCUAAAUUUUAUGGCGAGCUUAUGGAAAAACGUAGGACUGAAGCCGAGAAGGAGCAAGAAAAAGUAAGGCUAAAAAAGGUAAAACGAAAAGAAGAUAAACAGAAAUGGGAUGACCGACACUGGUCAGAGAAAGAAUUGGACGAAAUGACAGAGAGAGAUUGGAGAAUAUUUAGAGAGGACUAUAAUAUAACUAUUAAAGGGGGUAGAAUACCUGAACCUAUUCGUAAAUGGAAGGAGUCUACAAUUAAAAGCGAAAUCAUGGACAUCAUCGAAAAAGUCGGAUACAAGGAUCCUACACCUAUUCAGCGGCAAGCUAUUCCUAUUGGUUUUCAAAAUCGUGACAUUAUUGGUGUUGCUGAAACUGGUUCUGGUAAAACUUUGGCUUACCUCAUACCACUUAUUGAAUGGAUUCAGUCUUUACCUAAAAUGGAACGAAUGGAAGAUGUUGAUCAAGGUCCUUAUUCAAUUAUUUUGGCACCAACUCGUGAGUUGGCUCAACAGAUAGAAGAAGAAACUUUAAAAUUYGGACAACCAUUGGGUAUUAGAACAGUAGUAGUAGUUGGAGGUUUGUCUAGAGAAGAACAAGGAUUUAGAUUACGAUUAGGAUGUGAAAUCGUAAUUGCAACACCUGGUCGUUUGAUUGAUGUUCUGGAAAAUAGAUAUUUAGUUUUGAACCAAUGCACAUAUAUCGUGUUAGAUGAAGCAGACAGGAUGAUAGACAUGGGUUUUGAACCAGAUGUACAAAAGAUUUUAGAGUACAUGCCGGUAACAAAUUUGAAACCAGAUAACGAGGAUGCUGAAGACGAGUCCAAAUUAUUAGCAAAUUAUUAUUCAAAAAAAAAAUAUAGACAGACUGUGAUGUUUACGGCUACCAUGCCUCCGGCUGUAGAACGUUUGGCCAGAACAUAUUUACGUCGUCCUGCUGUAGUUUACAUUGGAUCCAUUGGUAAACCUGUAGAACGUACGGAACAAAUAGUUCACAUGAUGAGUGAAAAUGAUAAACGUAAAAGACUUGUUGAAAUUCUCAGUCGUAAAGUUGAUCCUCCAAUUAUUAUAUUUGUCAACCAAAAGAAAGGUGCUGAUGUGUUGGCUAAGGGUCUGGAGAAACUUGGGUAUAAUGCAUGUACACUUCAUGGUGGUAAAGGACAAGAACAGAGAGAGUUUGCUCUGGCAAGUCUCAAAGGUGGCCAAAAAGAUAUUUUGGUUGCAACUGACGUGGUUGGUCGUGGUAUUGAUAUCAAAGAUGUGUCUAUGGUCAUAAAUUACGACAUGGCUAAAACUAUUGAAGAUUAUACUCAUCGUAUUGGAAGAACAGGUCGUGCUGGAAAGACUGGAGUGGCAAUUUCGUUUUUGACAAAAGAUGAUUCACCAUUGUUCUAUGAUCUCAAACAAGUCAUACAAGCUAGUCCAGUAUCAACUUGUCCUCCAGAGUUGGCAAAUCAUCCAGAAGCUCAGCAUAAACCUGGCACUGUAAUGAUGCCCAAAAAGAGGCGAGAAGAGAAAAUCUUUGCUUAA